UUGAAAAUGGGAGUAGUACUUCGGAAUCUCCAAAAGGUGGUGCCUCUUCGCCGCGCCAGACUGCGCAAGGACGUUGAAACACUGAGGCACAUCCUGGGCAUUCAGAAAUUUGAUGUGGGAAUCAUUUGCGUGGACAACCAGAGGAUUCAGCAAAUUAAUAGCAUCUACAGAAAGAAAAAUCUGCCUACGGAUGUCCUCUCGUUCCCAUUCUACGAGGACCUAAGACCUGGUAAGCUGCCUUGCCCCCUUCUUAGGGAUGAGCUGAACCUUGGGGACAUUUUCUUGGGGGUCGAGUUUGUGAAAAAGCAGUGUCAGGAGGAAUCCCUGGAUCUACACGACACUCUUACUGUUGUCACGGCACAUGGUAUCUGUCACCUGUUGGGCUACAGGCAUGAGUCAAAGGAAGAAUGGACUGAGAUGCUACAGAGAGAAAGCUACAUCCUCAGUGAGUACAACAGACUCACAGGGCGUCACCUUCAAUCACUGAUGAAGACGUGAUCACGAUAGAUGACUUUGACUGUCACCUCCAACUUUUAUUAGCUGUGGUGCUUGAUAUUGCUUGUACACUGUACUACAACCAAGUGGACUAUUUUAUUCACUGUCCCGACACAUAUUUCCAUCACAUUUACAACAAAUAUUUCCUGCUGUUUCCUGAAGAAUUUUAUAUUGUGGACAUCCUGAGACACUGGACCUGUGUUGAAGCUUUUGAAACAACAAAUUAAAAACUCUAUGCACUUUAACUGUAAUAUUUUAUUAAAAUCUGCUUUAGGAAGAGUCAGUUGUGUAUGAAGGGUAGAAAAAGCUGUUCAUUCUAACUUCACAAAUACAUUUUAUCCUCUUUACACUGCGUUUGGGACAGGGUGUUCCAGAAAACACCACAUUUCAGAAAUGCAAAUUCAAGGGGCCGAACACAAUUCUGCAUAACUUGUCAGAUGUCAUAACCAGGUGUCCAUGGUGCAACAGAAAACCUUUGUUCCAGGAAGUCAGCUAAUGAUGCUGGACACUUCCUAAAAACCUAACUUUACGCAUAUAUUUGGUACAAAUUUAUUAUUACUCAUGUUUUAUUAUACUUUGUAGAGUUUGUUUUUGUGGGAAGUUGAAAAAAAUCUUGUGUGGUUCAAAUAUGUCCAUCAAUACAACCAUCUUUCAGUGUGAUUUUGUUUUUAAGUGGCAACUUAAUCGCUGUACAACUGUCUAGUAUUAAAACCAAUACAGAUAUAA